CCCUAGCCGCACGACAGUCCGCGGAGUGAGAGCCGCGCGGGGUGCCGCAGUCUCAAACCAUGAAUUAUGUGGGCCAGCUGGCUGGGCAGGUGCUUGUCACUGUGAAGGAACUCUACAAGGGCAUUAACCAAGCCACUUUGUCUGGGUGCAUCGAUGUGGUCGUGGUGAGGCAGCAGGAUGGCUCCUAUCAGUGCUCUCCUUUUCACGUGCGCUUCGGAAAGCUGGGUGUCCUGAGGUCCAAGGAGAAAGUGAUUGACAUAGAAAUCAACGGCAGUGCCGUGGAUCUUCACAUGAAACUGGGUGAUAAUGGAGAAGCCUUCUUUGUAGAGGAGACGGAAGAAGAAUAUGAAAAGUUACCUGCUUAUCUUGCCACCUCACCGAUUCCGACUGAAGACCAGUUCUUUAAACAUAUUGAAACCCCUUUGGUGAAAUCAAGUGGAAAUGAAAGGCCACCUCAGAGUUCAGACGUUUCUCACACCUUGGAAUCAGAGGCAGUUUUCACUCAGAGUUCUGUGAAAAAGAAGAAACGAAGGAGAAAGAAGUGCAAACAGGACAAUAGGAAGGAGGAGCAGGCAGCUUCCCCUGUUGCAGAAGAUGUAGGUGAUGUGGGUGUGAGCUCUGAUGAUGAGAAGAGAGCCCAGGCAGCAAGAGGAUCUUCAAAUGCUUCCUUAAAGGAAGAGGACUAUAAGGAGCCUCCACUCUUCCAUUCUGGGGAUAACUACCCCUUAUCUGAUGGAGAUUGGUCCCCGUUAGAAACCACUUAUUCGCAGACCAUGUGCCCGAAGAGUGACUCGGAGCUGGAGGUGAAGCCAUCCGAGAGCCUCCUCAGAUCUGAGUCACACAUGGAGUGGACUUGGGGCGGGUUCCCAGAGUCCACCAAGGUCACCAAAAGAGAACGAUAUGACUAUCAUCCAAGGACAGCUACGAUCACACCAUCAGAGAACACUCAUUUUAGGGUGAUUCCCAGUGAAGACAGCCUCAUAAGAGAAGUUGAGAAGGAUGCUACUGUUGAAGAUACUACCUGUACUAUAGUGAAACCCAAACCUAGAGCCCUGUGUAAGCAACUGAGUGAUGCAGCUUCUACUGAACUUCCGGAGUCACCUCUUGAAGCACCUCAGAUUUCAUCUCUAUUAGAUGCAGACCCUGUUUCCAGCCCAUCAGCAGAGGCUCUCUCAGAACCCAAACCAGCUGCUAAAAUAGACUCACCAACAAAGAAGAAAGGUGUUCACAAAAGAAGCCAGCACCAGGGACCUGAUGACAUUUACCUUGAUGACUUAAAGGCUCUUGAGCCUGAGGUGGCAGCUCUCUAUUUCCCUAAAAGUGACACGGAUCCAGGUUCCAGGCAGUGGCCUGAGUCUGACACAUUCUCUGGUUCUCAGUCCCCACAGUCUGUGGGAAGUGCAGCUGCAGACAGUGGCACCGAAUGCCUUUCAGACUCUGCCAUGGACUUGCCUGAUGUAACUCUCUCCCUCUGUGGAGGCCUCAGUGAGAAUGGAGAGAUUUCUAAAGAGAAGUUCUUGGAGCAUAUCAUCACUUACCAUGAGUUUGCAGAAAACCCUGGCCUUAUAGACAACCCAAACCUCGUAAUACGGAUAUAUAACCGUUACUACAACUGGGCGUUGGCUGCUCCCAUGAUUCUUAGCUUACAGGUAUUUCAGAAGAGUUUGCCUAAGGCCACGGUCGAGUCCUGGGUUAAAGACAAGAUGCCAAAGAAAUCUGGUCGAUGGUGGUUUUGGCGAAAGAAAGAAAGCAUGACCAAACAGUUGCCAGAGACCAAGGAGGGAAAAUCCGAGAUCCCUCCAGCAAAUGACCUGCCUUCCAGUGCUGAGGAGCCAACCAGUACCAGACCUGCAGAGAAUGACACUUCUAGUGACGAGGGGUCACAGGAGUUGGAAGAAACCAUCAAAGUUGACCCCAUCUCGAUGGAGACACUGAGUCACUGUGGGACAGCCUCAUAUAAGAAGUCCCUCCGACUCUCCUCGGACCAGAUAGCAAAACUGAAGCUCCAUGAUGGCCCCAAUGAUGUUGUAUUCAGUAUUACAACCCAGUAUCAGGGUACCUGUCGGUGUGCGGGCACCAUCUACCUGUGGAACUGGAAUGACAAAGUCAUCAUCUCCGACAUUGAUGGGACAAUAACCAAGUCUGAUGCUUUGGGACAGAUUCUCCCGCAGCUGGGUAAAGACUGGACUCAUCAGGGCAUAGCGAGGCUCUACCACUCCAUCAAUGAGAAUGGUUACAAGUUUCUGUACUGUUCUGCACGUGCCAUCGGCAUGGCCGACAUGACCCGUGGUUAUCUGCACUGGGUCAAUGACAAGGGCACCAUCUUGCCUCGAGGCCCUCUGAUGCUGUCUCCCAGCAGCUUGUUCUCUGCCUUCCACAGGGAAGUUAUAGAAAAGAAACCAGAGAAGUUCAAAAUUGAGUGUCUGACUGACAUUAAGAACUUGUUUGCCCCGUCCAGGCAGCCCUUCUAUGCUGCCUUUGGAAACCGUCCCAAUGAUGUCUAUGCUUACACACAAGUCGGAGUUCCAGACUGUAGAAUAUUCACUGUGAAUCCAAAGGGGGAAUUAAUACAAGAAAGGACCAAAGGAAACAAGUCGUCGUAUCACAGGCUGAGUGAGCUUGUGGAACACGUGUUUCCACUUCUCAGUAAGGAGCAGAACUCGGCCUUUCCAUGCCCAGAGUUCAGCUCCUUCUGCUACUGGCGAGACCCGAUCCCCGACGUGGACCUGGAUGACCUCGCUUGAACAAGGCCUGUGUGGCUGGCGAGGUGGGGGCACUGCCACUGGCCCUCUUCCAGAUGAAGACCCAGGAGCUGACAGUCAGGAACCUGCUUUCCAGAACAGGGACAGGGUUCCCGAAGCUGGCACUGCCACCUUCUUUGAGCUUCCUAAGCCACCACUCAGCACCUAGACAGAGGAGGUCACUCAGCCUGCAUUAGAAGCUGUGCUCUGCAGCCUGUGCUCCAUGACUUGAGGGCUCUCACGUGUUUCUUGUGGAGUUGUGUGCGCUGCACCACUCAGCUGCAUAAUGUAAAAAGGAAGAAACCAGAAACUGCAAAAGAACAGACCAGCACAUUACUACACAAAGUAAAGAGUUAAAAUCUCCACUGGGCAGUUGGGAUUGUUUCUCUCUGUAAGCAGGGCUUUCUCCAGAGGUCCAGUUAGUGCUGCCAGCUGUGUCCAUGUCCUCCUCAGGACACCUCCACUCUCGCUCACUGAACUAGGACAGCUGCUUCAUGUGUCAGCACCGUGAGCCCAGCUGUACCAGUGUGGGCUGGAAAGUUGGGGGAAAGCACCUUAGCCUCAUGACCUCCUUACCUGUCCUGCCGCAGUGAGAAAGAAGUCAUUUAAGUUGUUCUGACCUACCAGAGGAACAAAUACAUACUUCAUGUCUGGAGUGAUGGUGAGACCUUGGUUUAAAUCACAGGAAAGGCAGUGGCUUCUCCUCAGACGGGCAGUUGCCUUGGGUCCUGGGAGUCCUGUUCUCUGACACUGUCACCUGCCUUAGGUUGCCCUUGGGGCAGGUAUUUUAGGAGGGGAUUUUUGAAAGUCUGGGCUUUAGAUUUGCUAAGGAAAAAGCCUUCGACAAGUGGCAUUGACCAGUCAUUUUGAUUCCAACCACGACAUGAAGUCCAUGGAGGCAUGAGAGAAAGGGGUUGCUAAAUGCCUGUUGAGUGCCAGCACCUCCUCAGUAGCCCCAACCCAUCACUCUGACUCACCCUCAUGCAGUUGGAAGUGCAGAUGAGGCCAUGGGGAUGUGGGCUGCCCCUACACCUCUCUGGCGGCCUCAGACACUGGCCUAGUUAAGUGCUCUUGUCAAAUGUUGGGACAGACGGUACCAGGGAGAGUUAUGUCCUCAGGUCUCCAGAGCCAAUGACCAGCUGUGUGUGGAUAGUCACUGCAGUGCUAACAUCAAGAGAAGUAUUGAAGGAAGACAUUCCAGAGACCUCAGUGGUUCAGCCACAACCCUUCACUGGGAAGAUGGAGGCUUCUGAGCAGAGAGAGAGCUGCCGUUAAAGAUGGUUCCAACUCUGCAGUUGGAUGGCUGGCCUGACCAGGCUUUAGUUUGCUUCAUUCAAAAUAAUGCUCACCUAGAGGUGGCUUAGAAAAGGGGUGGUUAUUUUCCAGAUUGGAGAGUUGAGUGUCCCUGCCUCAUUUCAGUAUUGCAGUUGAAUGCAGAGACCAUGGUAACAAUGUUUAAUUAAAGGAAAAAAAAAGACCAUGUGAAAGAUAGUUCUCUGUGGCAGAUCCUGAGGUACGUGCUCCCGGAGAAGGGGCAGUGCAGGCUUCCGCAGUGUUGGUGUUCCCAUAAGUAGUUCACUUCUCCUUCAUGAGUUAUUUGUGUUAGGUAGUAGGGACAAUCGGUUACGUUUAUGUGAAAUCCUUGCCAGUUAAUGAAAUAAGAUUCUACUAAAGCAGCCAUGUGGGAGUUGAUGCCUCAGCCAUCAGCACCCUGGUGAUUUAGCACAUCUUAGCUCUAGGGGAACAGUGAGAAUUGUGCACUUAACCUGAGCUUGGUAGGAUCUCCGUGGUACAGAAAAUCUUACGUUUUCUCUCAGACCACUUCUGUUUGUCCUUAAGGGAGUCUGCCCAGCUAGUCUGUUUCUUCUUCCUGACACUCUUUCUUUGGACACAUGGGCUUUUUCAGAAGGUCCAGAGUAGGCUCUGGGUCUCCUGGCCUGUGCAGAGAGGGUGGCUGGUCCUUCUGUCCUCGUGUCCGUUAGCCCACACUUGUCACUGCACAUUGAUGGGUGGGUAUUUAGGAUAAUGAAUGUAACUCUUUCCUUAUUUAAAGGAGUUUCCUUGCUGAAAGUAGAUUACUAUUACUGUAGUGUUAUGAAGUGUUAGGUUUGUGCUGAAAAUUCAUUGCCAUUUGUUACAAAUGACAUUUGUUCUUUCUGUGAAAGAGAGAUGCCCUUAAGUGUGUUUGCACACAAACCCCUAGAUGGCUUGUUGCAGUGUCACCUUGUCUUCAGUGACAGGUGAUGCUGAGAAGACACUACGGCAGACCAGCCACCCAGUCUUUUGUCAGUUGUUGCAUCAGUGAAUAUGGCUCCGUGUCUUUCCAGUUCAGUCUAAUUUUAGUGUUUGGUGUUGAAGCUUGCACUGCUGUGGAGCCAGUGGCUGCUCUCCGUCAGGCUUGUGGGGUGUCCAUGUGGACCCGGAGCAUGCACACACAACCGUAUGAUCAGUACUGCAUUUCCUGUGGUCUAACCCAUCUGCAUAGUCAGUUGGAGAAAGAGAUGUGCUGUUGUAGUUACACAAAAUGAAAGCUGCUAAGUAACUUAGAGUAGACCAGGACCAGCCUCUGUAUUGCUUUUCAGAGCCAUCACCUGAGAGAAGUAACGGGUAAGACAGCAUGAGCAAGUCUGUCACGUAACCUGGGAAACCUUGUUUGAGAGCAUGCUGGGGUUUACUUAAAAACCCCAGCAAAUGCUCUUUCCAGGUAAAAAUUCAUUUUUUUUUACUUGAAGGCAGAGGAAAGAGUUCCCUUUUAAUAAUUAUAUUCAGCGGAUGAAGUACUUGAUUAUUAGAGAGCAGCGCCACUAAGCAGCUUUACGUUGUCAGUAAUUAAUUGUCAACAUCAGUGCAGUACCUUCAGUAUGGUAAAGAUGUUGUCUUCAGAUGAAUGGCUCAUAUUUUGGUGCAGUGUUUGAUGUUCACAAAAAAAUGUUACAAUAAUAAACUAACAUAAACUGAG